ACGAGAAAAGAAAAAACAUAGGCGGUCUCCCUCUCUCUUCCAAAGAAAACACCAAAAGUCACCAUCUUCGUCUCUGGCUCUGCGAUCCCUUCCCAAAUGGAAUUUUCGUCUGUUUAUUCGUCGUUGCAUUCCUCGAUGAAUCGUUUCAGAGGUUCUGCAAAUUCAUUCUUAUCUCAGUACGAACCCCUAUCUCUGAUUAUUGCUCCUCCUCUAGCUAUUUUCGUUGCAUGGAUUCUUCAAUCAUUCAUCUUAUCGGUUCAAGAAAAAGGACUAAAAGCUGUUAUUGUCGGGGGUUUCAUGAACUUUAUCAAGUUGUUUCCUGGUGUGAAUACGUACAUCGAAUCCGAGAAACAGAAGGUUGUGGAGGCGUUACAAUCUGGUAGCAGUUCUAAAAGGAGUGGCUGGCUGACAGAGCUGCCUGCAGCUGGACUUGGGAUGGGAGUCAUAGAGAAGAUGAAACAUGAGAAAGAGACUGAUGUGGCUUGGCAAGGCAAAUGCUCUGGUACAAUAUACAUUGGUGGAAGUGAGUCUGGGGGGCACUUUUCACUGAUAAAUGAUGCAUAUUCAAUGUUUUCCCAUACCAAUCCAUUGCAUAUGGAUGUAUUCCAAAGUGUGGUACGCUUUGAAGGUGAAGUAGUUGCAAUGACAGCUGCACUACUUGGCAGUAAGGAGAAGGCUUCUGGACGAAAAAUCUGUGGCAAUAUGACAUCUGGUGGGACUGAAAGUAUAUUAUUAGCUGUAAAAUCCUCACGUGACUACAUGAAAGCAAAGAAGGGAAUCACGACACCUGAAAUGGUAAUGCCUGAAUCUGCACACUCGGCAUAUGACAAGGCUGCACAAUAUUUUAAUAUUAAGCUGUGGCGUGUCCCUGUCAAUGAAGAAUUUCAGGCAGAUGUCAAAGUGAUUAAACGAUAUAUUAACAAGAACACAAUUAUGAUAAUUGGAUCGGCCCCUGGGUUUCCACAUGGCGUCAUUGAUCCCAUUGAAGAGCUUGGUGAAUUGGCAUCAAGUUUGGGAAUUUGUUUCCAUGUUGAUCUCUGCCUUGGUGGCUUUGUAUUGCCUUUUGCUCAUAAGCUUGGGUAUGCUCCAUGUGCUCCCCCCUUUUUUUUUUCACUCCCUCAUGUUGGCACCACUGGGGGUGACAUAUAAACCUUCUUGUUGUUU